AUGCCGCGGUCAGGGUCCGCGCAGCACUGGGAGGCCACCGCAGGCAGUUGGGGCUGUAGCCUGUUAGCAUUGCUGCUGUUGGUGCCGGGGCCCGGCAGAGCUUCUGAGAUCACCUUCGAGCUGCCGGACAACGCCAAGCAGUGCUUCUACGAAGACAUCACUUUGGGCACUAAGUGCACCCUCGAGUUCCAGGUGAUCACUGGAGGUCACUACGAUGUAGAUUGUCGAUUAGAAGAUCCUGAUGGUAACGUGUUAUACAAGGAGAUGAAGAAGCAAUAUGACAGUUUUACCUUCACAGCCUCCAAAAAUGGGACAUACAAAUUUUGCUUCAGCAAUGAAUUUUCUACUUUCACACAUAAAACUGUAUAUUUUGAUUUUCAAGUUGGAGAAGACCCACCUUUGUUUCCUAGUGAGAACCGAGUCAGUGCUCUUACUCAGAUGGAAUCUGCCUGUGUUUCAAUUCAUGAAGCUCUGAAGUCUGUCAUCGACUAUCAAACUCAUUUCCGAUUGAGAGAAGCUCAAGGCCGAAGCCGAGCAGAGGAUCUAAAUACAAGAGUGGCCUAUUGGUCAGUAGGAGAAGCCCUCAUUCUUCUAGUGGUUAGCAUAGGGCAGGUAUUUCUUCUGAAAAGCUUUUUCUCAGAUAAAAGAACCACCACAACUCGUGUUGGAUCCUAACUACGUUUUGAGAGUUGAUGCACUAUUGCCACUGUAAUAUUGCUGUCUUCUAAUUGAUUUUAGAUACUGAAGAAUUUAAUAUUGGCAAUAUUUUUAAAAUCUUACGCAUAUACUUGUUGGAGGACAUGUACAAUGCAUAUCCCCCAAACUGUGGAAAGGACAUCUUUUUUUUUUUUUUUUGUAAAGGUGGAAAAACUUUGGAACUUAUUUUGGGCUAUUCAUGUUAAAUAUUCAGCACCAAUGAUCUACUCUCUUCUUGGUUGUUUAUAUCUACUCUUCACACACUAAACUUUGGUAUUUUGAUUCCUUUUAACCAUUUAAAAGUGCUUUUUCUUAUAGGUAGUUGAUAUUUUCAGAACCUUAGAUUUAAUCUAUGUAUGUUGUGGAGGAAGAAAAUUACUCUUUAAUUGUUUAUAGUGAAUAAAAUUUUGUGUUUUAAGGAAACCAAAUGUGACUGACUAUAGCUCAAACCCUAUUCUAUACUGUUUAAUUUUUUGGGAAAGAAGGAAAAAAAUUAUCAUGGGAAUAAUGUUAGUAUU